AUGGGAUUUACCUGUGAUAUCCGUUUCCCCUACAACUGGGCCGAGGAAUUCUACUGCGGUGAAAAACUUGUCCUUUCCGUUGAGCUCAAGUGCCGGCGAGCAGCGCUGAUUCGUGGUUUGGCGUUGAACGUUUCCUGUCGAAAUGCGGAUUAUAGCGAGCCCUACGACUAUAGUCACUAUAUCGAUGAUCCGGUUUCUGAUUCUGGAAGUGCUAGAAAGCAAACUGUAGGACCCAGCAGGUAUGAGACGGAUUUUUCUCUACUGGAUGAAAACGGAGUAGCCAUCGGCUUAGCACCUGGAACAUAUGUAUUCAAUUUUGAAUGCCAUUUACCGGAUAAAAUUGGAGAUCAAGAGGAAAACGAUGAACUAAUGUACACCUUUGCAGUUAAAAUAAGAAGAGUAUUGAAAGAUGAAUGUGAAAAAGCAACUCUUAUUCCGGUGCACCGGCUACUGAAAAUCAGACCAACGAAGAACAUUUGUUUUGUGUGGCCAGGAUCGUUUGCAAAUAUCUCGAACUAUUCGGUCGCUUCUGGAAUCGUCAGUUGGCAUUAUGUGACGAACAUUAAGCAGAAAAACAAUCGAUUACGAGAAACGUCUGAUACUGAGGAGAGUGAGGAGGACGGUUUGCAGAAUUGGUUAGAUACUAUUCUUUCGGAUAAAUGCGACCCACCGAAGGAAGACAGUUGA